AUGGUUCGCUUGACUGUCGCUUCACUCCUGGCGUUGGCCAUCACGGCCUGCGCGGCUCCCGCUCCCCAAGCAGGAGGGGCGGACGCCAACGUCGGGAACGGCGCCGGGCGCCAGUUCAUCACCGGGCCCUGCGCCAGCGACGCGGACUGCGCGUCGGCCUGCUGCGCCAAGAAGGGCAACGCCGGCGUCUGCUCGGCCAAGGCGGUCGCCAACGAGGAUGGCAAGCAGGGCUGCGGCUUCGCCGGUGUCGGUGGCGCGGGUGGCCAGCAGGGUGGCGGGAACCAGAAGCAGCAGAAGAAUGCAGAGGGUCAGAAUCAAAAUGGGGGCAACCAGAACCAGAACCAGAACCAGAACCAAAACCAGGGCCAGAACCAGAAUGGGGGCGCCAACAACGGCGCCAACAAGGGAGCCGGUGGCAACAACGGAGGCGUGAACAACGGCAACAAUGGCAACAACGGCGGUGCCAACAACGGAGCGGGCAACAAUGGAGGCGCCAACAACGGCGGCCUCCAGGGCAACGCGACGCAGCCGGCCCAAGGAAACAAGGGCAACAAGGCCAAGGGCAAGAAGCAGGCCGGCGGCAACAACAACAACAACAACAACGCCUGUCAGGGUCAGAACAAUAACAAUGCCGGAAACAACAACAACAAUAACAACAAGAAUGCCGGAAACGGCAACAACCAGAACCAGAACGGCAACAAGAACAACCAGAACCAGAACCAGAACAACCAGAACAACCACAACGGCAACAACAAGGACCAGAACCAGAACCAGAACCAAAACGGCAACAACAAGAACCAAAACGGCCAGAACAACCAGAACCAGAACGGCAACAACAAGGACCAGAACCAGAACCAGAACCAGAACGGCCAGAACAACCAGAACAACCAGAACAACCAGAACCAGAACCAGAACCAGAACAACCAGAACGGCCAGAAGCAGAAGCAAAAUAACGACGCCAACAAGAACAAGGACAACAACCAGAACCAGAACAACCAGAACAACAACCAGAACCAGGAUCAGAACCAGCAGCAAGGCAACCAGAACAACCAGGGCAACAACCAGAACCAGAACCAGAACCAGAACCAGAACAAGAGCCUUCUCGAUCUUAUUCUCGGCGGCGGCAACGCUGGCAAUGCGGGCAACGGAGGCAAUGCUGGCAACGCUGGCAACGCGGGUGGCAACAAGGCCGCCAACGCAAAGGCCGUUAACGGCGAUGACGAGGAGGAGGACGAGAACUGAGGUGACAGAAAGGCGUGUCCCCCUCCCCCCAAAGCAUAUAUACAUGCUGCUAGCUGGGGCUGUAAAUCCCUUCUCUUCACGAUACGGUCUGGCCCUUUCGAGGGAGAAGGGAGAGAGUGAGUGUGCG